AUGCGCCAGACGCGCGGCCACAAGCACGCGAUCGGCUUUCUCGGAAGCUUCGUCGACGAUGCGAGCAGGAUUGAGAGCGCGAUUGACGCGAACAGCAGGGGAGGCGGGAAGGGGAAGAACCGGUUAGGUCACGGCGGAAUUUUCCGCAAGAGUGGCGGGAAGAGCGGGAGGAAAAGCGCGGGAAAAAGCGGGAGGAAAAGUGGGGGGAAAAGCGGGGAGAAGAGUGGGGGAAAGAGCGGCGAUGGGCGGGGGAGUGUGGGUGGGGGGAGUCGGGGGAAGCGGAGGCGGAAGCAGACGGUUAUCGUGGAGGAAUUCGCGGCGGGCGGGGACGUUUACCAGAGGCUUAUGAACGAGUUUUGCGGGCAGAUGCCGGAGGCGAUAGUCGUUCGCGAAAUCAUGUCGCCGCUGUUACAGAUCCUGCGAUUUCUGCACGCGAACGCGAUCAUCCAUCGCGACGUGAAACCCGAGAACAUUUUGUUCGCCGCGGACGGGCAACUGAAACUCGCGGAUUUCGGCCUCGCGAUCUGCACGAUGCGCGAUUUGCCCGGCGCGCGCGUCGGCACGCUUGAUUACAUGGCGCCCGAGCUGCUUCAGUCUAUUUCUUCCGCUUCCGCUUCCGCUUCCGCGACUGCUUCUGCGACUGCUUCCGCGGAUGGCGCUAGCGCGGGCGCCGGUAGUGGUGCGCGCGGCAGUUCUGCGGAACCCGCGGAGAAUUUGCACCGCCCCCUCUGA